AGCGUAAAAACGAGCGAAUCUUCACGUUUGCAGCAGACGAUCUCGGUCAUGUGACUAGAGAUAAAACAUGAUUAUGGCGAUGGAGAGAGCUGAAGCGGACUUUGCUCGUGAAAUAUAUCCUUGUCAUACCUCCAGCGAUUCACUGGCUGUGUUUAUUCAUAACGACAGGAAAUGAAUAAGAAACAGUAUUAUCGACAUGAGUUCUGAUCUUUUCGACGCCAUUAUUGUUGGCGCUGGGAUAUCUGGUUUGACUGCAGCCCAUAGGUUGAAGAAAAAAGAACCGAACAUUCGUGUGCUGGUGAUAGAGGCGAAAGAUCGAGUUGGCGGGCGCACGUACAGUGUUCCCCUGAAGACAGUUGCUGGGACCGAUGGGACUGAAGGAACAGAUGUCUGGGACCUAGGUUCACAGUGGGUGGGCAGAUGCCAGACCCACAUCAUGUCGUUGCUGUCGGAGCUGGAGUUGGAGACGUACCCCCAGUACAGUGAGGGCAGCAAGUUUGUCCAGUUGGAUGACCACAGCAUCCGCACCUACACCUCCACCCUACCCACCCUGUCCUACCUGGAACUGCUGGACCUAAGAAGGUUCAUCAACAAGAUAGAUGCCAUGAGACGCCAGGUACCAGCAGACGACCCGUUCUCGUGCAACAAGGCCCGGAAGUGGGACUCCAUGACGCUAGAAACCUUCAAACAGAACACUCUCUGGACAGCAGGAUCCGCUGAUGCUAUCGACGCUGUUGUGCGGUGCAUUCUGGGAGUGGAGGCGUCCCAGGUGUCGCUUCUGUUCUUCCUAAUGUACGUCAAUUCCGCAGAUGGCCUUGACAACCUCGUGCAGAAAACAGAGGAUUCGGGACAGGAGUUGAAGAUUAAGGGAGGAGCUCAACAAAUAUGUGAGAAGUUGGUCGAAGCAAUAGGAGACAACAGUGUCAUGUUGAAACAGCCAGUGUCCAACAUCAAGCAGGAGUCUGAGGGAGUCGUCAUCACAACAACACACGGCACAACAUUCAAGUGUAAACGGGCUAUCGUCACCAUCCCGCCUAACUUACUCAGCAAGGUUCAUUUCGAGCCCAAUCUGCCAAUAUGCAAGCGAGACUACAUAAGCCGGGCUCCGCUCAGCAACAGGAUCACAGUUCUUCUCACCUUCAAAGAGUCGUUCUGGCGAGACCGGGGGUGGUCGGGUGAGAUUCUGUCCAGUGGGGGGCAAAGUACAGUGUCCAGGUGCGACUCCGGUCCUCUCUGCUUCGCCUGUGACGCGACUUCCGCUGACGACAACCCCGCCAUCGUCGCCUUUAUCGGCGGUCAUCAAGCAGUUCAGUGGGGUCAACUGCAGCUGGAGGAGAGGAAACGCGGUGUACUUGAAUCCCUUUCCCGAUUCUUCGGGCCCGACGUCUUCGGCUACGUGGACUACGCGGAAAGGGAUUGGAAUCAGGAGUCCUAUACCGACGGGGGUCCUCUGUGCGUCGCCAACCCUGGAGCGAUGAUGUACUACAACAAGGCACUCCGUCAACCUUUCGGCAAGGUCCAUUUCGCAGGGACGGAGACCGCUACUGUUUGGAUUGGCUCUAUGAACGGCGCUGUUCAGGCGGGGUUGAGAGCGGCGACGGAAGUGCUAAGGAUAAUCAAACCGGAAGUUGUGACGCCAGACGACCUUGCCAUUCUAACCACCAAUCAAACACGCCAGAAGAAAUCUGUGAGACGGAAAGCCAAGGCGCCGAGUUGGGUGACACUGACAAUUGGACUCGGUUCACUUAUCACAAUCUUGUUUGCCAUAGGCAAUCGUGACAGACUGCAACAUUUAUUCCAAGGCGUUUCUACUAAAAACUAGGUGUUUGAAGAAAUAUAUGAGGCAGUUCGAAAUAAUAUGUCGACAAUCUAACUGAAACAAAGACUUUUCUACACAGAUCACCUACUUCACAAAGCGCCUUUAGCUUACUGUCCUCGUUUGUCCAGGGCAUUAUAUCUCCAUUCUAUGAUAAAUACCCUGGACCUUUUCGCUACCGUAGCUUACUUAUUUUCAGUCGGAUUUCAAAUAACAUGUCGCUAGAUACAGCCGUACAAAAGUUACACUCAAGAGCAAAGGAACUUUAUGUGCUAAGAGAGAUUGAGGAGGUUGCGUUAUUUUCGAAACGAUUCUUAUUUAUCAAUACUAGUAUAUAAUUGAGAUAUAAUAACCUGAAGAACCGAGGAUGUUAACUCACUUACCCAUUUAACAAAUGAAGCCCUUCUUCAGGGGAAAAACGUUACUCUAGUAUGAGUUUGCUGUUGAAAGGAUUAAAGGCAGUUACAGCUACAUACGUGAUUCGUAAUACAUUUAGAAGGAACACGUGGUUGUUUCUAAGAUUAUUAAGUAUGUUAUUAGUGUAAAUAUAUGUCAGUAUAUGUUAAGUUCACAAACCAAUUAUUUUUGCAUGAAUGUUUUGGUAAAAAGUGAAACAUU